AUGAAUAAGGUACGCAUUAUUUGCCUGAAUCUACUCUCAAAAUUGAUUAAUUUCUUAAGACAUGGCCCUCAGUCGGCUCUAGCAGUUGGAGACCUAGAUGUUUUAUCCCUUGCUUUGGUCAUUGAAAACCCUUUCUUAGAUGUUUUGAAAGUGCUCGGCAAGGCAUUAUUACUUGACUUGUGUUAUAUUUUGCACAACCUACGACCUGUUCCUGAAGCAGCGCCAGUAAUGCCCGCUGAGCCAGUCAUUGCUGAGUCUCUUGCAGCCGUUCCUGAAGCAGCGCCAGUAAUGCCCGCUGAGCCAGCCAUUGCUGAGUCUCUUGCAGCCGUUCCUGAAGCAGCGCCAGUAAUGCCCGCUGAGCCAGUCAUUGCUGAGUCUUUUGCUGCCGUUCCUGAAGCAGCGCCAGUAAUGCCCGCUGAGCCAGUCAUUGCUGAGUCCUUUGCUGCCGUUCCUGAAACAGCGCCAGUAAUGCCCGCUGAGCCAGUCAUUGCUGAGUCUUUUGCUGCCGUUCCUGAAACAGCGCCAGUAAUGCCCGCUGAGCCAGUCAUUGCUGAGUCUUUUGCUGCCGUUCCUGAAACAGCGCCAGUAAUGCCCGCUGAGCCAGCCAUUGCUGAGUCUUUUGCUGCCGUUCCUGAAACAGCGCCAGUAAUGCCCGCUGAGCCAGUCAUUGCUGAGUCUCUUGCAGCCGUUCCUGAAGCAGCGCCAGUAAUGCCCGCUGAGCCAGUCAUUGCUGAGUCCUUUGCUGCCGUUCCUGAAACAGCGCCUGUAAUGCCCGCUGUGCCAGUCAUUGCUGAGUCUCUUGCUGCCGUUCCUGAAGCAGCGCCAGUAAUGCCCGCUGAGCCAGUCAUUGCUGAGUCCUUUGCUGCCGUUCCUGAAACAGCGCCAGUAAUGCCCGCUGAGCCAGUCAUUGCUGAGUCUCUUGCAGCCGUUCCUGAAACAGCGCCAGUAAUGCCCGCUGAGCCAGUCAUUGCUGAGUCUUUUGGAGCUGAAGCAGCCCUGGAACCUGUUCAGUCAGCAGAAGAAGUGCCUAAGGGCAACACCAACUGA